GUACUAUAGCAACUGCAGAGGCGGAGGGCUGUGACAAUUCAAGAUGGCGAAGGACCUGGACGAGCUCUUGGAUGAGGUCGAGUCCAAGUUCUGCGGAUCAGACCCCCUGAGACUGGGCAUUGUCGAGCGGCCCAGAGGCUGCGGCGGCGGUGUCCUCAGCAACGACCGGAGCCGAGCCGAGGAGAAAGAGACUCUCAGACCAACAGAAACAUUUAAAAAAGAAGAUGAUCUUGACAGUCUUAUUAAUGAAAUAUUUGAAAAGCCCAACUUUGACAAAAAACACUUUAAAUUAAAGUCUACAUCUUCAGGUAACGCAUCUGUCAGAGCUCCCACUCAAGGCCUUGGUAAAAGUUGCAGCCCAGUGUACCUUGGUGGAAGUGCUGUUCCUUGUGGGAUUGGGACAAAUACUUCACAGAGAGCGUGUGACCAUCUGCGUUGUAUAGCAUGUGAUUUCUGGAUAGUAAGCUACGAUGACCAUAGGUGGGACACAUCAUGCGAUUACCUGUUUUUCAGGAACAAUAUGCCAGAAUUCCACAAAUUGAAAACAAAGUUGGUAAAGAAGAAAGGAACACGGGCCUAUGCCUGCCAGUGCAGCUGGAGAACCAUUGAAGCACUGACUGACCUUCAGAAUGACCAUCAGCUUCGCUGGGUUUGCGGUAAACACUAAGGAUGCAGGCUUUCCACAUUCAGACAGAUGCCUCCAUGAGAGCAGUCUCAGGUCAUGGUCACAACAUUUAGGUAAAGGGACAGAACAAUAUCAUGGAAAAGAGAGGAAAUUUCCUUUCGUGGCUGCGCACAUUUUUGAAGACGAAAUGGACUUGAGAAGAUAAUGUGCUUUAACAGUUUAGAAUUAUUCCUUUUUGCUAGAUGGACAUUUCACUUAAUAAGUAAAGUGUUGAGUUAUCCAAAUACUUCUUUGCUAGCCUCUCUCCUGUUAAAUAGCAGUUUAAUUGUGUAGUUUCAUAUAAAUAUGAACUAUAUCCAUUCAGUUGCAACUGCGGUAUUCCUGACGCUACUACACUUAGCGUAAGCACUCCUUGUUUAUAGCAGUUCAAGGAUAAAGCUGGUGGGUUCAGAGAGGUCAUUGAGGGGUGCAUACAUUACCUCCUCCCGCCAGAUCUGUUGUCACCAAAGGUCAUAAUUUAGAUUUGUCAGAAACCAUGUGAUGAGAGACUGAUUGAAGGGUUUUCAAGAGUAUAGGUAUAUUGUAGGUGAAAACACUGCCUGUGUCUGACCUUACUUCACCAACUCAAAGCAAUAUUAUGUACAGUAAUAAGUAUGCAUUACCAGUCUUAGCUUAUUUCUCCUCCUUUUCAUUUAGCUAUCAAAAGUUAUUUAGUUUGCUGCUUUACCAAAUAUUUAUUUCUAUUUUUAAAAAGUUGUUUUUGAUGCACCUAAAACCACAAGGAAAAAUCCUAAUACAGACAGGGCAUUGUUGGAUUUUUUCAAGGACCUUCUUGCCUUUAAUGCCCUAAAACUCAAUCAAGUAAAAUAAACAGCAAGUUAAGAUAUUUUCUCAGGCAGCCUGUUGAUUUUUCUGGUAGGAUGAGGUUGACAUACUGUUUAUUAGAUGAGUACAUGAAAAGACAAAUAAAGCAUAGCUGAACCAACAGGUAACUAUUAGGCUCCUUCUUGACACCGUGAACAUUUGAGAAAGCCCACAGUGGCAGCACAUUCAGAAAAUCAGUUACUUCGGGAGUUCCCGUUGUGGCGCAGGGGAAAUGAAUCUGAGUAGUAUGCAGGAGGAUGCUUGUUUGGUCCCUGCUGUGCUGUGGCAUAGGCUGGCCUCUGUAACUCCCCAUUCAACCCCUAGCCUGGGAACUUCCAUAUGCCGCAAAUGCGGCCCUAAAAAGCAAAAAAAAAAAAAAAGAAGAAGAAGAAGAAGGGAAACCGGUUACUUCAAAGUGCCAGCUGCCAGCCCCAUGCCGAGAUUCUGGGGGCUUUCCAAUCUGCCGAAAGCUUCUUACUGCAUGUUCUAAUGUAUAGUUCAAAUGUGUGACACAAGGCUUGCAGAAAAGGAGUAAUUGAAGCAAAGUUAUGAUCUGCUUAGUCUCAUGCUGAAUCUGUUCCAGCCACUUUUACUUGAAGAUCUGUCAUUAAAAUCCUUUUCCUAACUGUGACACAUUUGCAUGUGUGUAAAACUUACUCUAAUAAGUCUAGUAUUCCAACAGAACAAGUCUCAUUGUAGCAGAUGCUCAUAUUUUUGUAUGAAGGAUAUAUUUACAGAUUUUAUCUUUCAAUAAAAAAUUUCUACCCCCUCAAAUUCGAUCUCAGUGUAAUGGAAUCAGAAACAGAGGGAUUGAAGUCGCCUCUUUCCAAAAAGUAACAGAACAACAAGAUCCACACAUUUAGAACCUCAUGGAAUGUGGCACAUUUCAUCAGAAUGGUGGGUUUUUUUAAUUUAAAUGAGAAAAUUUACUAAAUUAUGGAUUUGAAAUUUUCUCUAUUAUUAUUUCAUUCUAUGGCCCAUGUUUGGCAUUUCAUAACAUAAUAAUUAUAACUUCCCAAAGUCAGAAAUGUAUAAAUGAGUUCACAUUUUUGUUGGCAAUUUACUUUACAAGCUUUUUAAUAUUGUACAAUUUUUAAUCUAAAGCGUAGAAAAAAUAUUACAUUUAUAUACAAAUGUAUAGAUUAUUACCAGAUGUAAUUCAAGGCAAAAUGCAACUAUUUUAGUAAGAGUUUUAGAAGAAAAAUAAUUUCUAAUCAACUAUAAUUUUAAAAAUGCCAGGUCUAUGAAAUGUUCAAGAUGUUUUGCAUAUUUGUUUUCCUAAUAUUUAUAAUUUUCUACCUUUAGCAAGUAUCUAUUUUUUAUCAAGCCAGAUAGCUACUUUAUUUGAAUUGUAUUGAAGGAUACCCUAAGACCCUUAUCUUGCCUAGAAAUGAAAAAAUAAUAAAUAGCUUUACUCUA